AUGGGAUGUGACGAGCGGCGCGCUGUGCAUUGUGGGAAUCCCGGGGCCGCGGCGACUGGUUCCAGUUCACUCGGCAGCGGAGCCGGGCGGAGGGGGCGAGCGCGGGGCGCGCGGGCGGGAAGCGAGGAGGCGGGCGGGCGGGCCAGCGAGGAGCGCGGAGAGAAAAGGCGCGAGCGGCCGAGAGAGCACAGGCCGGACACCUUGCUGCUGCUGCUGCUGCCGCCGCCGAGCCGCCCCGUAAGUGCCGCGCGGGCCCCCUCGCCGCGCUCCGCGUCCCUGCCGCCCGGGUCCGGCCGCCGAGCUCUUCCGGCCGAGGGUGCAUGGGAGCGGCCGGGCCUGGCGGGCACCUGGCGGCGCACGGCCGACUCGGGCUGCUGGGCUCAACGCGGCCCACGCCGGGGCCUUGACGCGCGCACGGCGCCCUCCCAGGCCCUGCCCGGGCCGCGCGGGAUCCUCUUUGAUUUUGUUCAAAAAGCAAACCCGGAAGCCAACUUGUCUUAG